AUGAAACUUCAUGGUAAAGGGCAAACUAGACUACCCUCCAAAGCCGUGGCUCAGUUUCCUGGCAUUGUUCCCGGCAAUCAGAAAGCAAACCUACAGAAGGCUAGCCGAUGGUGGAAGGAGCGGGCCCAGCACACUGCGAAGAAACGUAAGUCAGUGGUCAAAGUGCAGUGUGGCGUCAAGAAACGAAUGAGACUGAAGGCAGCGUCUGGCAGAGGGCGCAAACGGGCGCCGUGGGUGGAGUGGUUGUACAGCGAAAUGCUGGGCGAGUUUUGCCGUCUUCGAAAGACAGGAGUGAAGUUGUCAAGGGGGCUGCUGCAUCAAAUUGCGAUUCAUAUAUUAAGUACUUCUUCAGGACAAUUUCGGGCUACGACGAUUGGUGAAAAGGGAGAAAUGCUGAAAGAUCGUGUAUGUUCUCGAUGGAUUCAGCAUUUCUGUUCUUGUUUCGAUAUUUUAUCUCGGAAACAAUGUGGCAAAUUGGAAUGCAGCCCCGAGAAAGAAGUGGCGAUUGAGCGAAGUGUUGCGGCCCAUCUCGGAAAGCUGAAGCGGGCAUUUGAUAAUGGGGAACUGAAUGAAGAUACCAUAUUUAAUAUGGAUGAAGCUCACUUCGUGAUCAACAUGGAUAACAAAAAGACCCUCGGGUUCCGUGGAGAUAAAACAAUUCGGUACCACGAUAUGGUCAGUGGGGGGAGGGCAUGA